AUGUCAGCUGAACCCCCAAGGCUUGAACGGCACUGCCUCGUCACUGUCGGCGCAACCGCCCGCUUUACCCAACUCCUCAGCGAAGUCGUCUCGCCUACCUUCCUCGACUUCCUUGUUGGCGACCACUACACCCACCUGACCCUCCAAUGCGGCAAAGACUACGAGCAUUUUUCUCGAAAUACUCUCCCAAUAUUGGUUUCUCGCUGGCCAACACUUGAGAUCACUGCCUUCGACUUCGUCGACGAUCUCACCGUCGAAAUGACAAAGUGCCAAGCCGCUGCUGGCCGUGAGAGAGGCGUUGUGAUCUGCCAUGCAGGCACCGGAACCAUCCUCGACGGCAUGCGCGUCAACGUCCCCCUCGUCGUCGUUCCGAACCCGACCCUCAAGGAUAACCACCAAGUCGAGCUGGCCGAGGAGAUCCAGCGCCAGGGUUACGGGAUCUGGGGCCGUCUCGGCGACAUCUCAUACGCAUUGGAGCAGCUUGUUCUGCAGCUUGAUAAGACCAAGGUGCAAUUCAAGCCUCACUCCGUGAAGGAAGACGUCGAGCCUCUCAACGUCGACUUGUGGCAGGUCACCAGUGCUAUGCUGGGACGCUACGCUGUAGAGACACCCCAGCCUGCAAAUAAAACGGGUGCGGGCAAUGGGGGCUCGGGGGAGGUCCAGCGUGAGGAGGUGGCUCAGAUGACGAUGGGCUAG